AUCCCUUGGAUAUCAGAUCCCUUGGAUCCAUCGGAUCCCUUGGAUCCAUCAGAUCCCUUGGAUCCAUCGGAUCCCUUGGAUCCAUCAGAUCCCUUGGAUCCAUCGGAUCCACCAGAUCCCUUGGAUCCAUCGGAUCCCUUGGAUCCAUCAGAUCCCUUGGAUCCAUCGGAUCCACCAGAUCCCUUGGAUCCAUCGGAUCCCUUGGAUCCAUCAGAUCCCUUGGAUCCAUCGGAUCCACCAGAUCCCUUGGAUCCAUCGGAUCCCUUGGAUCCAUCAGAUCCCUUGGAUCCAUCGGAUCCACCAGAUCCCUUGGAUCCAUCGGAUCCCUUGGAUCCAUCAGAUCCCUUGGAUCCAUCGGAUCCACCAGAUCCCUUGGAUCCAUCGGAUCCCUUGGAUCCAUCAGAUCCCUUGGAUCCAUCGGAUCCACCAGAUCCCUUGGAUCCAUCGGAUCCCUUGGAUCCAUCAGAUCCCUUGGAUCCAUCGGAUCCACCAGAUCCCUUGGAUCCAUCGGAUCCCUUGGAUCCAUCAGAUCCCUUGGAUCCAUCGGAUCCACCAGAUCCCUUGGAUCCAUCGGAUCCCUUGGAUCCAUCAGAUCCCUUGGAUCCAUCGGAUCCACCAGAUCCCUUGGAUCCAUCGGAUCCCUUGGAUCCAUCAGAUCCCUUGGAUCCAUCAGAUCCCUUGGAUCCAUCGGAUCCAUCAGAUCCAUCGGAUCCAUCGGAUCCCUUGGAUCCAUCAGAUCCUUUGGAUCCCUUGGAUCCAUCAGAUCCCUUGGAUCCAUCGGAUCCAUCAGAUCCCUUGGAUCCAUCAGAUCCCUUGGAUCCAUCGGAUCCAUCAGAUCCCUUGGAUCCAUCAGAUCCAUCGGAUCCAUCGGAUCCAUCAGAUCCAUCAGAUCCAUUGGAUCCUUCGGAUCCAUCGGAUCCCUUGGAUCCAUCAGAUCCAUCGGAUCCAUCAGAUCCAUUUUUUUUUUAUAAAUAA